CAGUUGCACUUCCCUUGCUAGCUCCUAAAAUCAUGGCUCCACCUCACUUUCUCCUCGUAGCGCUCUCGACCCGCAGUGCGAUGAACCCAGCCCUCCAGCUAGCUGAACGCCUCGCACGCGUUGGCAGUCGUGUUACUUUCCUCAGCACCGUGUACGCCCACCGCUGCAUGAUCGAUCCGGUUUGCCCCGAAGGUGUGACCUUCACCACGUUCUCCGACGGCUAUGAUGAUGGGUAUGUGCCAGGGGAUGACCCCGAGCGCUACAUGGCCGAGAUGAAGCGGCGGGGGUCGGAAGCUCUUAGAGGCCUGAUUGAGCAUAGUUCUGGACAAGGCCUCAGCUUCACAUGCGUGCUGCACACGAUAGUGCCUUGGGUCCACGAUGUUGCUCGUUCCCUCCAAAUCAAAUCGGUUCUCGUUUGGAUUCAACCCGCUACCGUGUUCGACAUAUACUAUCAUUACUUCAACGGCUACGAGGAUGUGAUUAAGAGCGUUACAAGCCAAAGAUGUGAUACCACAUCGCUCAUCCGAUUGCCCGGCGUACCACCACUAACCAACCGCAACAUCCCCUCCUUGCUCCACGUCGAAAACAAGUAUGCUUUCUUUCUGCCGGAAAUUCAAAGCCUUUUAGAGAACCUAAAAGAGGGGGAAAAUCCAAAAGUAGUACUUGUGAACACCUUCGAUGCGCUUGAACUCGAGGCAUUAAGAGUGAUUGGUACACUGAAUUUGGUCGGAAUCGGGCCCCUUGUCCCGCUUAGUUUCCUAGAUUCAGAUCAAUCUUCCAGAGGUGACCGCUUCCUGGGCUCCGAGGAUUAUGUCAAGUGGUUGAACGCAAAGGAGGAAGCGUCCGUAAUUUAUGUAGCCUUUGGAAGCAUAGCUAGGUUAUCAAAGGCGCAAAAGCGAGAAAUGGCGCGCGGAUUGCUAGAGACUGGACGCCCAUUCUUGUGGGUGAUGAGAAAAGAUGAUGGAGAUGAUGAUGAACUUAUUUGCAAAGAGGAAUUAGACAAGAGAGGAGUGAUAGUCCCAUGGUGCUCUCAAAUCGAGGUCUUGUCGCAUCCUUCAAUAGGAUGUUUCCUUACUCACUGCGGGUGGAACUCGACGAUCGAGAGCCUCGUGUGUGGUAUCCCGAUGGUGGCGUUCCCACAAUGGAUUGACCAGAUGACAAAUGCAAAACUCGUCGAGGAUGUGUGGAAGGUCGGGGUUCGAGUGUCCGAGAUUGAUCAAGAAGGCAUUAUUGUAGAGGGAGGUGAAAUCAAGAAGUGCUUGGAAUUGGUCAUGGGAGGUGGAGAGAGAGGUGAUGAAAUUAGAAGGAACGCAAAGAAGUGGAAGGAUUUGCUCAUGGAGGCUUCUAAGGAAGGGGGAUCUUCGGACAAAAAUCUCAAGGCCUUUGUUGAAGAAAUCGCCUAAGUAGAGGAGCAAGUAAUGGAGUGAUUAAUGAUAAAUGUUAUGGGUUUAGCUUGAAUUAAAUAUAGCUUGAGAAUAUGCUCCUAUCGUUCUUAAAUUCGCAUGAAUCUUUGAGAAUUGUACUGGUUUGAAUUAAAUAUAGCUUGAGAAUAUGUUCCUGAAGUUAAACUUGGUGGUUUUCAGGAAAAUUUGGCCAAUACAAUUGAUGUAUGAGCAUGGGCUUUUUAUUUCGUA